GCCUGGACACCCCGCCCCGCGGGCCUCGCCCCCUCCAGGGCUGGGUCCUAGCAGUCGGAACCCAGCGGCGCGCGGAGCGGGUUGGUUCCUCAGGUCAGCAAUGUCAUCUGAGCCUCCCCCACCAGCGCCUGCACAGCCCCCCACUCAUCAGCCUUUGGGGGGGCUGCUGGAAACCCCUCGGGACAGAGAGCGUUCCCCAUCCCCGCUGAGGGACAACGUGGUCCCAAGCCCCCUGCCCACUCGCCGGACAAGGACAUUUUCCGCGACGGUACGGGCUUCCCAGGGCCCUGUCUACAAAGGAGUCUGCAAGUGCUUCUGCCGGUCCAAAGGCCACGGCUUCAUCACCCCAGCUGAUGGUGGCCCUGAUAUCUUCCUGCACAUCUCAGAUGUGGAAGGGGAGUAUGUCCCUGUGGAAGGCGACGAGGUCACCUAUAAGAUGUGCUCCAUCCCACCCAAGAAUGAGAAGCUGCAGGCUGUGGAAGUAGUCAUAACCCACCUGGCACCAGGCACCAAACAUGAGACCUGGUCCGGGCAUGUCGUCAGCUCCUAGGAGGCCCGGGAGCACUUCUCCUCCUGGGCUUGUGGGAGACUUGGUGGGAGGAGGAGAUGGGGCCACAAUGAAGACGACGUUUUCCUGCACAAGAUGGGGCUUCAAGGGUGGGACAUGGGUCCCUUUCAAAUAUCCCCUGGAGGAAGGGGACCCAAGGGCCGGCAUGGGGUGCUCUCGGCCACCAGCACAGCCUCCACCAUCAUCUCAACAAGCUCUUGCCAUCUGAAAAGCAUUAAACGCAUUUGAAAAGGAGAGGCACUGCUAAUGGCUGAGUGGAGAGGUUCAGCCCCAGCCCAGUGGGUGGGAUGGAGGUGGUUUUUCCUCCACUGCCCAGAGCCCCUCAUCUCCCUUACUUUGAGUUAAGAGUCAAAAAUCCCCAGAUCUGUGUGGUUCAGUGGGUGACUUCCCCCAAGGUGAAUCCCUCCUAGUGCUCCCUGUCUUUGCUGGGGCCAAGGCAGAGCAGUUUGCUAGUUCUCUGUGUGGCUGGUUAAAGGGGAUCUCGCUUCCGGGGAUGGCAGACUUUUGGACUUUGCUUUUUGUCCCUUGCAGCAGGGCACCACCACCACCACCAUCACCUGUCUGGGAGAGUUCCUCUAGGACAGUGACAGCGAAUCUUAGAGCUUUUAGGGAUACAAACAGCUUGCUGUGGCCCGUGUGCCAUAGGUUCACCACCACUGCUGUAGGAGCUCCUGCCAGGGCCUGCAGUGCACUGGGCUGAACUUGGGCUUUUUCUCGUCUCCUAGUUGAGUGGUCUCAGCUCUGCAGCCACUGAAACUUUAUCAUUAAUGUGGGGCUGGGUGAGAAGAGGCCGUGGAGAGUGGGGAGUUUUAGAGAAAAAUUUGCUGAUGUCAUCCAGAAAAGAGUAAGUAGCUUCUUGAUCCCCAGGUAAAGUUAAAAAUUGGAGAAAUACACUUGUGGUAGUGGUGGUUUUCAAAACCAGUGUUAAGAAUUGCUUAUGGAUUUUUUGUUGUUUUUUAAUAAAGCUUGUUCUCCCAGAGCUAGCUGAUAGGCCAUUAGGAUUUCUUUUGUAGUGGUUUGGUUUGACUUGAGGUGUGACCUGAAAUUAGAAGUAGCUGGGUGAUAUGUUUUGAAGUAUGUGGCCUAAACCAGUUAAGGAUCAACUUGUCAGUGCAGGGGUCGAGCAGUGAAGUGGCUCUUGGGCCAUGAGGAUGGGAGGGUCAUUUUGAUGCAGCAGCACAGACAGCCUUAUCAAGUGUCUUAACUUUGGGUGUGUUUUGCCUGCCUGUUAAGGCUUUGAAAGGGGAUGGAAGGCAAAUGACUAGUGAAACUUUUAAAAUAAGCGUGUUGGUUGGGCGUGUGCAUAAAUUGCUCGUGUUCUUUGUUGCCUUACAGUGCCCCUUGCAGGAUACUUCCCUCCUGCUGUGCCCUCUGCAGGGUCUUUUUUUCUGCUGGGUCAAAGGUGGCCUCGGAUGGCUCCCCAGUGGCAUCUCUUCAGGGGCCUGUUGGGCAAAGACCACUUCUAAGCCACUUCUGCUAAGUGGACUGCAGGCUCACUGAGCCUGAGACUCUCCAGUUGUCUCUUCUCCCCAGGUGUCUAUGGCUUUGUCCCUGCCUUGGCAUCUGGUCACUGUGGUCUAGGGUGGCUCCUACACUAGUGCCCCAGCAGGCUGUGCCCCAUGGCUUGAGAGUUGCAUUCUGCUGUCAGUGACCUUUGGAUUUUUUUCAUUUGGCAGAGUCCUUUGUCAGCAGCUUUCUGGGUGACCACACUUUUUCAAUCCAUGAGCAUUCUAGAACUGCAGGAUGUGGGAGCUGAAAGAGACAGCCCACUGCUUUCACUGGGAGCCUCAAUUUAUGGAUGGGAAUGGGCACAGGAUGCUGGGGGAUGGAUCUGGGAAUAGAAAACAGGAUUCCCACAUUUAGAUCUUGUUUCCCAUCAGCCUUUUCAAUAAAGUUUGUUUUGUGUAA